GGGACUCUGGCCGCGGGUCGCAGUCCCAAAGCCCGAGGGGCUGGCGUCGGAACGGAUUCAGAAGCCGCUGGGUGGGACCUGGCUGUGACGCACGCACCAUGCCCUACCUGCUCAUCAGCACCCAGAUUCGCAUGGAGGUGGGCCCCACCAUGGUGGGCGAUGAGCACUCGGACCCGGAGCUGAUGCGGCACCUGGGGGCCUCAAAGAGAAGCGUCCUGGGAAACAACUUUUAUGAGUACUACGUCGACGACCCUCCUCGCAUAGUCCUGGACAAGCUGGAACGGCAGGGCUUCCGCGUGUUGAGCAUGACAGGGGUGGGUCAGACACUGGUGUGGUGCCUGCACAAGGAGUGA